AUGUUCCUGCUGCUCUUUACAUCAGUCGUGCUGGUCGGAUGUCCCCUCGGGAAAACCUUCAUCCUCCAACCAGAGGAACCUGCAGCAGAUCAGUUGUCUCCUGCCAUCAGGACCAGCAGAUGUCAGGCCGAGUCCCUGCAGAGUGUCCGAAAGGUCAUUCUGGACUCGUUAAACCUGCAGGCCGAGCCUCACAUGUCUGUUCCUGGGAUGGCUGCGAUUCGGGAUCAGUGGAAAGUUGCCUUCAAAGCCACCAGCCAAUCAGAGCCCACGCAGCUAAACAACGCUGAGAACCAAAUAUCCUCAGAAUAUUCCAGCCCGGCGAAUUUGACUGUCCUCCAGUGCUGCAAACUGGCCUCCCAGGUCUUCAUCAGAGAUCUAGGCUGGGACACGUGGAUCAUCUACCCAGAGAGCUUCACCUACGUCCAGUGCAGUGUGUGUAACCCUCAGGUGGAUCAGAGCAUCGUCCACUGCGGUGGAGACCGGCUGUCCGCCUCUCAGGUGCCAUGCUGCGAGCCCACCGAGCGCAACCUCACGCCCUUGCUCUACCUGGACCACACGGGCAGCCUCGUCAUCGCCUCCGUACCGCUGACCCGCAAAUGCGGCUGCAGACCCGGGACCGGCCCCCAAACCCCCAAACCCUGA